AAGCAGAAAAAUCUUGAUGAUUGGCUUCCCAUCACCUCUUCAAGAAAUGCAAAAUGGUGGUAUUCAGCUUUUCACAAUGUCACUGCCAUGGUUGGUGCUGGUGUCCUCAGUCUACCUUAUGCCAUGUCUUCGCUCGGAUGGGGACCUGGGGUGACAGUGAUGAUCGUGUCAUGGAUCAUAACUCUAUAUACACUAUGGCAAAUGGUGGAGAUGCACGAGAUGGUUCCCGGGAGACGGUUUGAUCGGUACCAUGAGCUCGGGCAAUACGCCUUUGGAGAUAAGCUUGGGUUAUGGAUUGUGGUUCCGCAGCAACUGAUUGUGGAGGUGGGCGUGAAUAUCGUUUACAUGGUCACCGGCGGACAAUCUCUGAAGAAAUUUCAUAACCUCGUCUGCCCUAAUUGUCAAGAAAUUAGAACCACUUUUUUCAUCAUGAUAUUUGCUUCUGUCCAUUUUGUUCUCUCUCAUCUCCCCAACUUCAACUCCAUCUCUUGCAUCUCACUUGCCGCAGCCGUCAUGUCCUUGAGCUAUUCGACGAUUGCAUGGGUAGCAGCGGUUGACAAAGGGAUCCAACCAGACGUGGAUUAUUCGUAUAAAGCUUCGACUACACCGGGUGUUGUGUUUCACUUCUUGAGUGCGUUAGGAGAAGUAGCCUUCGCCUAUGCGGGUCACAAUGUGGUGUUAGAGAUUCAAGCUACGAUUCCUUCGACUCCCGAAAAGCCAUCAAAAAUACCAAUGUGGAGAGGAGUUAUUGUAGCUUAUGCAGUUGUUGCCAUUUGUUACUUCCCUGUUGCUUUCCUCGGCUAUUGGAUGUUUGGAAACAGCGUGGACGAUAACAUCCUUAUUACACUCAAUAAACCUACUUGGCUCGUCGCAAGUGCAAACAUGUUUGUUGUCAUCCAUGUCAUAGGAAGUUACCAAAUUUAUGCUAUGCCAGUUUUCGAUAUGAUAGAAACUGUUCUCGUCAAGAAAUUGAAUUUCACACCUUCUUUCUCUCUUCGAUUUGUUUCUCGAACAACUUAUGUUGCAUUUACAAUGAUCGUUGCAAUAUCCGUCCCAUUUUUUGGUGGUCUACUUGGUUUCUUUGGAGGCUUUGCUUUUGCACCUACAACAUACUAUUUGCCUUGUAUCAUAUGGCUUGCAGUAUACAAACCAAGGAGGUUCAGCUUAUCUUGGUGGACAAAUUGGAUCUGCAUUGUCUUAGGGGUUCUGCUUAUGGUUUUAUCACCUAUUGGUGGGUUAAGGUCGAUCAUCAUCUCAGCCAAAAACUACAAAUUCUUCUCUUAG